CUCAUGUUAUGGGCACCUGGUGGAAGGGACAGCGUUCCUUUGCACCUUCCGGCUCUCCCUAGUGAUGGGCAGCUCUGCUCAGACUGAACUUCUCCACCCUCUGCUGAGGUUCUGUUGCCCUGGGUCAUCAGAAGUAGCAUCCCACACAGCCUUCAGGACCAAAUAGCCAGAGUAAUCCUGCCUGGAGCUAGAAAUGGAGCUGUAUAAAUCAUGUUAUUAUUUUUUUUCUUUUUUUUUUCAGGGCUCCUAACCAACAAUUGUUUAUAGCUUUCAUCACACAGUAAAAGCAUUUUAAGUGUUGGUGAUAUACCAGGUUGAAGAUGGGCUUAUCUUUCAUGGGUGCUUCUUAAUUAGAAUUUAAAACUUUUAAACCCCACUCAAGCAUAUUCAAGCUUGCUUUCUCUAGCAUCUGAUCUAGAAAAGAUCAAAACAACUACUUGCCCAGGGCAGCACUAAUUGGCCAUGGCAUCCGGUGGUUUUAUUGCUCUGUAAUAAGGUUACUUAAGCUGCUUCUAGAGUUCUUUAAUCACUAUGCACAUGGAUUCCCAUCUGCCUUUUACCUUAUUCCAUCACCAAUGGUUGCCUCAAGAUUUUGGAACAUGUAGAGGAAAUGCACAUUCGGGUCUCAACAGGAUUUCUGGGAGCUGGAAAGCAACCACUGAUACUGUUUACCUCUGGGGACAUGUUAGCGGGCCGCCAUCUGCCUAGACAAAGGUGGCUUAGACAACCUUUCCUUUUGGUUGGAAGGCAGCUUUACUAGGGGCUUCUGAGGUCUUUGCCUAGGACACUGGUCCUCUGUUAUUUUAUUGCUACUACAGAAAAUACCCCAUUUUGGCCCAUAAGAUCUCUUGCAUUACACUGUAGUACUACCAACAGCAGUCAGACCAAGAGGCAGAUGCAAUCCUAGGUUCAGGUUUACCUGUUGGGAGGAACCCGGUUAAAUCGCCAUCUAGUUAAAGAGUGGUAAAGCGAGGAAACUAAAGGAAACACAAGUUAGGACUUCGACAAGGUCAGGUGUCUGGUUCAGGGGAGAUUUCACUUACCCAGGCUCUCCCAGAGCAUACUGAUCCCCAUGGUUGGAUAUGUACUGUGGGACAGUCUCAGGGUAUUUUACUUCCGUGGGCAUAAAGUCUCAUGUCCACCGGGGACAAGUCAGAAGAGGCCAGAAUGCUAUUUUAAAGGCAGAAUUUCGGCCACCAGUGAAGAAACUUUCUGCCGGGGAGGCCAAAUAAUGUGAUGAACAGUCCUACCCUCUUCCCAGCUCGAGGUAAUUUGUGCAUUUGGGUUGGGCGGUGGUGGCUUUAGGAAGGGACGGUAGUUUCCUUACAGCCAGCCGUUUUCCCGAAUGCAAAAAUACCUUUAAAGUCUCUUUAACGGCAGUCCCCAAAUACAGUCGCGCUUGGACCUCGACAAACGGGGUGCAUCUCGCGCUUGGACCUCGACAAAGGCGGUGUACCUGACGGGGACUGGAGGGCGCAGGCUGCGAGGCGAGGCUCCGCCCUCCCGAGAAGCCCGGAAAAAGCCGCCGCGGUUUCACGCCCCGGCCGUCUCAACCCACCACCCCCGAUCGGGGCCUGGAGCAGUGGAGAGGGCGGCCUCCUGCCGCCUAGAGGCGCCAGCCCGCACGUCCACUCUACCGGCGCCACGUCUCUAUGUCGGUCUCAACGGCCGUCCCGGGCGCGGAGCGAGAUGAGUGCGGGCGCAGGCGGCGGCGAUGGCGGCGGCGCUGUGGCCGCGGCGCGGUCUCGAGAGGGCAGUCUGGAUGAGGAUGGCUUCGUCCCGUCGGCGCUGGGGACCCGAGAACAUUGGGAUGCUGUCUAUGAGAGGGAACUACAAACUUUCCAAGAGUAUGGGGAUACAGGAGAAAUCUGGUUUGGAGAAGAGAGUAUGAAUCGGUUAAUAAGGUGGUUACAAAAAAAGAAGAUUCCAUUGGAUGCUUCAGUGCUUGAUAUUGGAACUGGAAAUGGUGUUUUCCUGGUUGAACUUGCAAAAUUUGGCUUCUCUAAUAUUACUGGAAUUGAUUAUUCUCCUUCUGCAAUUCAGCUUUCUGGAAGUAUUAUAAAGAAAGAAGGUCUAUCUAACAUUAAGUUGAAGGUAGAAGACUUUUUGAAUCUUUCCACAGAGUUUUCUGGAUUUCAGAUUUGUAUUGACAAAGGGACUUUUGAUGCCAUAAGCCUUAAUCCUGACAAUGCAAUUGAGAAGAGGAAACAAUAUGUAAAAUCUCUCUCCAAGGUGUUGAAAGUUAAAGGCUUUUUUCUAAUAACCUCAUGUAAUUGGACCACGGAAGAGUUGCUAAAUGAAUUCAAUGAAGGAUUUGAACUUGUUGAAGAGCUGCCAACACCUAAGUUCAGCUUUGGAGGCAGAUCUGGAAACAGUGUAGCAGCAUUGGUUUUCCAAAAAACCUUACUUUACCCAGACCUCUUCAAUCCAUUGAGUUGCAAGCGUGACAUUUGCUGUGUUUUCAGCACCUGCCAACUUGGAAACCAGGGUUUGUGCUCAGGACUUAGGCUUACAACCCACACUUUGUGGUGUACAAUGCCGCCCCAGCUGGCAUGCUUUCGUACCUCAAUGGUGCUAGACAUUCGGUUACAAAGCUGUGCGGCUUCACAUGCACUGAUUUCAAUAGUCAUUUUUCUUCAAACUGCUUUCAACUCUUACUUUGUAUGAAGGGAAUGAGAUGGGUAUCAUUAAAUUCACUGCUGUGGUUAUUUUUCAAUGAAAAUUUGUUAAAUUUAGUUUUUGGAUCAAAAAUAAUUUUGUCUUUAAGAAAACUAUCUUUAAGAAAAGGCUACAUAUGUAUAUAAUAGAUGAGAUUUCAGCUAUGGUUAUAACUACUUUUCAUUGGUGGGGAAAAAAAAAAAAGGAAAGAACAGAAGGAUUAGUUUGCUGUGUUUAUAUAGGUAGGGCUAUUAGUUGUAGCUGGAAAUAGAUGUGGGAAUAGUUACAGAACUUUCUGAAUACAGCCCACAUUUGAAAAUGACCCAACAUAGAUUCAGAUUUGUGUCUUCCAUCUAUAUCCAGAGUCUUUCUGUAUUUUCCUAAGAAGUAUAUUUUACUAACUGUUUUUCAAUGACCAAUCUCUUUGAAAAUACUUCAGGUGGAUUUGGCGAUGUCUGUCUCACCAUAAUCUAUUUUAAGCAAUUUUAAAAGGUUCUGCUUUAAAAAAGAUCUUUUCAAAUGUAGAAAGAACAGUGUGAAAUGUGAAUGACUGGCUUUUAAUACAACAGUUGUGAUAAAGAGGCAGUAGCCUUUAGAAAUUGAAUGAAGGGGGUUAAUACACAUGCAUCUGCAUACUGCUCUUGGGUACAAUGUAUAACGUGUUUGACAUUUGUUUAGUUCACUUUGUUAGUCUAGAAAGAAUAGUAUGUUAUUCUCUCUUACCAGUUUAUAAUAUUUUAGUGGGUAGCUCUUUUUAUAACCAUAGGUACAAAUAUAUUUGAUAGGAAAAACUGAGUAACAUUUAUUAGGACUUACUGGAACUUCAAAGGUUAGCUUUUUGUUGUUUAAACCUCUCAUUUAUCUGGUUCAAAAGGCAUAAAAAUAAAACAUCCAUUAACCACCUAGAACACUCCUUAGUGGAUAUCAAAAACCCAACCUUUACCCUCCUCUGCACAAAUGCGCUUGCUUAGGUGAAAGCUUUUAUUAGCUUGUUGAUACAAGUUAUAGUUGGUUACACCCUUUCUUAACAAAAUACACCCUUAUUGUCUCCUAUUGCUUAAGAGCUUUAAACCUGAAAUGGGGGGGCUUUCUAGUAUGUAAUACUCGGUUUAAAUCUCCCCGGCAGUUAUGAAUGGGUAUAUGAUGCACACGUAAGUGUUCCUUCAGUUGGUAGUCCUCCUUUAGGGGGAGUCAGGAGAACCAGUAUUGCUGUAUUUUAUCUCUGAGUUUCAUAUUGUUGGGCUUGGAGUAAAGCAAGUGUAAGUAAUCCCUGUGUUUUGUAUUUCUCAGGAUGUUCUGUGGCUUAAUCAGGUUAGUGUUGGUUGAUGAUAAUGGAAAAGUUAAACUUGGUUGUUUUUAAAUUGUGGAUUUAGUCCUGAAUUGUUCUGUGAGUUGAUGUUUAGGUGUCUUACUCUAAAUCUGGUUCUGAUUUGGUUUUGAACAUUUUGGGUUGAACAUAGUAGACAGCUUAGUUCCCUCCCCCUGUAUUGCAGCUUAUGUAAUUUUAAGUCCAGAGUUUAUAUAUACUCUUCUGAAUUGAGCAAAGCCCUAAUAUACAAACUCUUGGAGAAGUUUAAGUUUAUUGUAUUUAUGAGAGUUAUUUGUGUGUGUUUGCACGCAAGAAAGAGAGGGGUGAGGGGGAGAGAAAAGCACCAUCAAUCUGGUCUCAUCACAGUGAUCUCA